UGAUCCGCAUUCACCUUCAGAGUCUGCCAUGAAGUGGUUUAUAUUAUUUGUGGCAUCCCUUGUUGGCCUGGGACUGGCCUCCUCCAGCUAUGACCACUACCGCCUACCGACGGAUCUCCUGCCCCAGAGGUAUCACCUGAGGAUCCUUACCCAUCUGGAGGGCCCGGAGGCCCUUAGGUUCUCUGGAUCUGUGAAAAUCCUUAUUCAAGUCUUGCAAGACACCAAGAACAUAUCGCUGCACUCCAGAGACUUGACCAUUGAUGAGUCCCGGACAACUCUAACCCAUCUCGGCCCUGAGACGACUGAGAAUAUCUGUGUGUCCUCCACGGAAGUGAAUCCCACCCACGACUAUUAUAUCCUAUUCCCAUGUCAUGAACUAUUGGCCUACAACUACUAUGAGCUCAACUUGUUCUUUUCCGCCGAACUAAAUCAAAAAAUGGCCGGUUACUAUCGCAGCAGUUACACCGAUUCCGUGACUAAAAGCCCGAGGUGGAUUUCCACAACUCAAUUCGAACCGGCUUCAGCUCGAUUGGCCUUUCCCUGCUUCGAUGAACCCAACUACAAGGCUCCCUUUGUGGUCACAUUGGGACACCACAAGAAGUACAAUGCUCUCAGUAACAUGCCGGUGAAGACAACAAAGCCACAUGAAUCCCUUUCGGAUUACGUGUGGACGGAAUUCCAGGAGUCAGUGCCCAUGUCCACUUACCUGGUGGCCUAUUCCAUCAAUGAUUUCUCAUACAAACCCUCAACUCUGCCCAAUGGAGUUCUCUUCCGCACUUGGGCCCGUCCCGAAGCCAUGGACCAGUGUGAUUUUGCGGCGGAUUUAGGACCCAAGAUACUGCAAUAUUACGAGGAGCUGUUUGGGAUUAAGUUCCCGCUUCCGAAGAUCGAUCAAAUGGCCGUUCCGGACUUUGAAUCGGCUGCUAUGGAGAACUGGGGUCUGGUUACCUACAGGGAGACCGCGUUGCUCUUCUCCAACAAUUCGUCUUCCUUGGAGAUCAGAGACAACGUGGCCAGUGUGGUGGCCCACGAGUUGGCCCACCAGUGGUUCGGCAACUUGGUGACCAUGAACUGGUGGACGGAUCUGUGGCUCAACGAGGGAUUCGCCACCUAUGUGGCUGCUUUGGGCGUGCAUCACAUCCACCCGGAGUGGCGCUCUAAGGACAGGAAAUCGAUUUCAGAUAUAUGGGACACUUUCCGGCACGAUGCCCUCAGGAGCAGUAAGCCGAUCUCGAGGCCGAUUGAAGUGGUAUCGCAGAUCGCGGAGACCUUUAAUGUGAUCUCCUAUAAGAAGGGAUCGUCGGUCAUACGGAUGAUGCACUUGUUCCUGGGAGAGGAGGCCUUCCGCUCCGGUCUGAACUCCUACCUUCAGGACUACAAGUACGAGAAUGCGGAACAGGACAACCUCUGGGUGUCGCUUACAAAGGCUGCCCACGAGAGUGGCGCAUUGCCUAGGAACGCCGAUGUCAAGACCAUCAUGGACAGGUGGACCCUUCAAACGGGCUACCCCGUGGUGAACGUGAUCCGUGACUAUGCAGCAGGAAGUGCGGAUAUCUCCCAGGAGCGCUACUUUUCAAACAACGAGGUGUCCAGUUCUCAUCGCAAAAAAUGUUGGUGGGUGCCACUGAGCUACACCACACAGGCGGAGCUGGACUUCAACAACAUGUCGCCCCAGGACUGGUUAGAGUGCAGCAAGAAGGGCCAGAGUCUGCCCAAGACGAUCGAUAAUCUACCGGGAGCCGAUCAAUGGGUGAUCUUCAACACUCAGCUAUCGACGCCCUACAGGGCCAACUACGAUGCCCAGAACUGGAAGCUUCUGAUCAAGACAUUGAACAGCGAGAAUUUCAAUAGCAUCCACGUGAUCAAUCGGGCUCAGCUGAUCGACGAUAUCUUCACCUUCGCCUGGACAGGAGAGCAGGACUACGAGACCGUAAUGGAGGUCUUGGAGUACAUGCACCGCGAGCGGGAGCUGCUUCCCUGGAGAGCGGCUUUUGACAACAUAAGGCUCAUAAAUCGCAUAGUCCGAAGGACUUCCCAGGGGGGCUUAAUCAGGCAAUACAUGAAGAAGCUGCUCCCGCCGAUCUACGAAUACGUGAACGGCAUCAACGACACCUUUGCCUCCUUUCAGCACCAGGAUGAGAUUAUACUGAAGGUCAACGUUGUCAGCAUGGCGUGUCAAUUCCAGGUGGGGGAUUGUGUGGCUCGGGCGGUGGAGUACUUCCGCCAGUGGCAGGCGGAGCCAAAUCCCGAAGAGAGCAACCCGGUGCCCGUCAAUCUGCGCAGCAUUGUUUAUUGCACGGCGAUCAGGACAGGAUCGGAAGACGAUUGGCAGUUCCUGUGGACGCGGUACACGAAGUCCAACAAAGCGGACGAAAAGGUGACCAUUCUGGACUCUCUGGGAUGCUCGCGGGUGGUGUGGCUUCUGCAGGAGAUGCUGGAGUUAUCCUUCGAGGCGCGGGGCCCCAUUCGACCGCAGGACUCGGUUAUAAGCUUUGAUUCGGUGGCCGAGAACCCAGUAGGAUUUAUGUUGGCCAAGCAGUACUUCAUGCACAACUUCGAUCACAUCCACAAGUUCUACUAUCCCUCCGUCAAGAGCAUGUCGAAACUCCUAACGCCGCUGUCGAUGCAAAUGAUAGACCUCAAGGAAUUCCAUGAGUUCGAGGACUUUGCCGGCCGAUCGCGAAAUUUACUGCAGGGCAUUGAGGAGAAAGUCCAGCAGACCCUGGAAAGGAUGCGCAUCACAGUGCAGUGGAAGCAGCAAAACUUUGACGACUUCAACAGCGCCAUAAGGCAGUCCCUGUAGGAAUCAUCAUGUCCCUGAUACACCAGACAUCGCUGUCGGCUGUCUAAUAUUAUAAAUAUCAUAUAAAUAUUUCAAGUUCCUUGAAUAAAUUGAUCAUUACAGGAAUCUAA